AUGUUUGUUAAUGUAUGUUGUUCAGAUUUGAUUAUACCAACCCCAGUAUAAUAUCCAACUAUUUAAAUUUCCAGUUUUCUGAAGAAUUAUUCACGAUGAGAUCCCGAGAAAAUUAUGCCAGGCAGGUGGAUUUGGUUUCCACUGAUCCAGAAUCAGCUUCUGUAUAUGGUGUAAAAAAGAACUCAGCCCUAAAUGCUUCUAAAUAUUUCCAUGUUGUUGAUGGACUUCCUUCUGAUAUCAUGCAUGAUAUCUUAGAAGGUGUACUUCCUUUCCAAAUUAAAGCGAUGUUGAGAAAAUUCAUCAUGGUGGAUAAAUUUUUCACACUUGAUCAGUUCAACAACGCGCUUUCAGCAUUCCCAUAUGGUGUUUGUGACAUCAAGAACAAACCAAGCUUGGUAAAGAAUGUCAAUCUUAGUGAUUACCAUUUACGCCAAUCAGCAUCACAAAUGUGGUGUCUUUCUAGAAUCCUGCCAUUUUUGGUUCACAAAUGGAUACCAGAAGGAAAUGAUGACUGGGAAUUGUUCACUGAUUUAAUGCAUAUUGUUGAUAUAUUGUUUGCCCCAGUGAUUGAGAAAGGUACUACACUCUAUCUUCGGCUCAUAAUCAGCGAGUAUCUGGAACAGUUUAAAAGGCUCUAUCCUGAAAGAAAACUUAUUCCAAAACAGCAUUUCAUGGUUCAUUACCCAAACCAAAUUCUAAGAUAUGGACCCCUUGUGCGCAACUGGUGCAUGCGCUUUGAGGCUAAGCAUCAUUAUUUUAAGCUUUUGGCGCAGACUGUAGGUUGCUUCAAGAAUAUAGCAAAGACAUUAGCUACCAGGCACCAACGGCUUCAGUGUUACUGGCUUAGUGACAGUGAUGGCUAUUUAAGGAGUGAUACUGAGGUUGGACCAGGUAAAGUUUUUUAUGUGAAGGAUCUGGAAGAGAAAGAAUGCACCUCACUGUGCCAGUUGGGCAACAAUUUGGAUCAGAAUUCAACUGUGACACUGUUGAAUUGGGUGAAAGUCAAUGGUUACAAGUACAAAAAGAAUAUGAUCAUAGUCUAUCAGCAAUUAAUUUUUCCUGUGUUUCUUUUUAUACAUAAUGUUUUUUUUAUGCCAAACAUGGAUGUUAUGUUUUCUUGCAAGAAAGUAAAUACAGUUGCUUUUAGCAGGCACAUUCAUUGCUAUGAGGUUGAAGUUUUGGACGAAUUUGUGCCCUUAUUAUUUUCUGGGAUGCUAGAUCAUCAUCCUCUAGAUCUUUAUACCAUUAUUGUAAAUAGAGAAUCAAAACACUUUGUAAGAAUGAAGUACGACCUAUCUGAUGCUGAACAAUAGUAUACAUAUGUUAAAGAAAUUAUUAAACAUAUUAAAGAAAUUCAGUAAAUAAAUGAA